CAUUAAAAAAAAAAAAAAAUCUAAGUAAUGAUCAAGUUUAUCCCGUGUUCAUAACCUGUCACGCCGGCCGUAGGGGAAGGUGGAUAUUCGAUUACAGUUCGGACAUCCAGAUCACCACACAAAUCCUAUAUUAUUCUCUUCCCUUCUCGUUGUUCCAUACAUAUAAAAUCCUACUGGCAUUUUGCUUUUUCUCGUGGGUUACAAAAAAACCUUCCCUUUUAGGCCAACGAAAAAAAAAAUCAGCUUAAAUAACUCGAAUUGCUGAACUCCGCAACAAUGCAGACCAUUACUGAAAGUGAUCAUCAGAAGGCGAAUUUCAUGUCGGAAACGAAGGUGAAUUGGAGCUUCUGCAAAUUGCCUUUCUGGCAAUCUUCCACCAGCAGCAAUAACAGCAACAAUGCUGCUGCUGAAGAAGACGAAGAUGAUGAUACUAAUCAAAACAGUAAGCAUUAUGGUGGUGGGCUUGCCGUUGCCGUUGCCGUGGCCGAUCAUUUCCAGAAUUCUUCUCUUAAAGUGGCUAAUUCGGUUGCUAAAUCUUUACUUCCUGCUCGUCGAAGACUCGGCCUUGAUCCUCCUAACAAGCUCUAUUUCCCCUAUGAACCGGGUAAACAAGUGAAGAGCGCGAUUCGGAUUAAGAACCUCAGCAAGACUCGUGUUGCGUUCAAGUUCCAAACUACUGAACCAAAAAGCUGCUACAUGCGCCCUCCUGGUGGAAUUCUUGCUCCUGAUGAGACCAUAAUCGCCACUGUUUUCAAGUUUGUGGAGCCUCCAGAAAACAAUGAGAAACCAGACCAUGGUCUUAAGAGCAAAGUCAAAUUCAAAAUCAUGAGCUUGAAAGUUAAAGACGAAUUCGGUUAUGCACCUGAGCUGUUUGACGAACAAAAGGAUCAAGUUGCAGUGGAACAGAUUUUGCGUGUUGUUUUCCUUGAACCUGAUCGCCAGUGCCCUGCAAUGGAAAAACUGAAGCGGCAACUAGCUGAAGCUGAAGCUGAACUUGAAGUACGUAAAAAGCCCAUAGAGAUCAAAGCCCCAAAAGUUCUUGGACAGGGUCCAGCCAUCGAUGAAUGGAGGGAGAGGAGAGAAAGGUAUCUUCUUGCCCAGCAACAGAUUCAAAUGUCCAUCAAUUCUGUGUAGAUGGAGUUUGUUUUGCAUUCAUCCGUAGACACAAGAAAACAUUGAGCCAGAAAGAACUCAACUUAAGCUGCUAUGGUCAAAGGCUUGUUGUCGCAUUGUAUAUAAAGAGAAUUAGGACAUUUGUUACUCCUAUUCUACAUAAAUUCCCAUGUCUCCUUAUGUUUAGCUUUUACAUUUUCUUAAUGCAAUUUGCUACAUGAUAAUAAUACGACUUGAAGGAUAACAGAUCAUUAAAAUGAGACUAGAUUUUCUAUAACGCCCAUUGCGAAAUGGUUAGCCAUUCUUAUCUCACUACUAAAUUUUACGUAUAAUAACAUUAAUGAAACUUAGGCCAUGUCUGGUCUGUUAACAUUAAAAAAAACGAUCACCUAUUUUGUGAAAAAUACAAUCACC